AUGGAUUUGUUCCGGCUGGGCUGGCAUCCGCCGGCGAGCCUCACCUUCACGGGACAUGUGAAGACGAUCAAGGCCAAGAUGCUCCAAAGGAACAACGUCCUCCGGGCCAUCAGCGGCACGACCACAUAUCUCGCCUUCUCUCGCGCCUGCGCCGACUACGCCGCCGGUGCUUGGAUGCCCGGCCUCAGCGAGUCUGGCCUGAGGGAGCUGGAAACGGUGCAAAGACAGGGGUGCAGGACAAUCACCGGAUGUGUCAGAUCCACACCAGUGGACGCCCUGGCCAGAGAGGCGGAUCUCCUGCCUUUCUCGGCGCGGCGGAGGCAGUUGGCGGCUGUGGCGAUGGAGCGCCACUCCCGGGACCUACCAGGCGACCCUGUGCAGCGGAUCCUCCUCCCUGAGAACCGCCCCCGGCAACGUCUGCGCUAUGACAGAGGAUGGGCACGGACGGGCCAAGAGAUAUCCAAAGACGCCGGCCUAGACGACUUCCCACGCGAGCCGUUCCUGGUGGUUGCCAGCACCCCUCCCUGGGAGUCACCGCCACCUCCAACGGUCCUCUUCCACACUGGACUUGUGAGGCCGCUACCGCAAAACGCCCCCGCCGAACAGCGACGGACUGCCGCCGAGGAGACGCUAGCCGGACUGCCGAACCCGGACGUCCAGGCUUUCACGGACGGCUCGGCCACAGCCGGCACAGAACGAGGCGGAGCAGGGGCAGUCGUCUAUAGGAGCGGCAGGGAAGUGAAGAGGAUCCGAGCGCCAGCGGGGCGCUUCACGUCGAGCUACACAGCGGAGCUUCUCGCUCUACGAGAGACACUCAAAUACAUCGAGUCCAUCCUCACCGAUCAAGACCCUGCACUCAAUAUCCAGCUGUGCACCGACUCCCUAUCAUCCCUCAUGCGUCUGAGGGAAGGCCCGGCCAACCAGACUGAACGGGUCGCUGACCAAGUCUGGCUAUCCCUCCGGCGACUAGGACGACGCCACCGCGUGGACCUUCAGUGGGUUCCCGGUCACGCGGGAGUCGCCGGCAACGAGAUCGCCGAUGCCGUGGCCAGGGAGGCCGCUGAGCUGCCGCAGGACGGGACACCCAUCACCUUCGCGGCGGCCAAGAGCCUGCUGAAGCGCCACGUGAGCAGAGAGUGGGUGGAGAGCACGCGCCACUCCCGACCGGCGCCCGCGACCCGCCCGCACCUAAGCCACGACUACCACGAUGUCGUCGGCCCGGGCAGGGUCAGGCUGGCAGACAGGCUCGGCCUGUCUAGGAGAGAGGGCACCGCUCUGGCGCGCCUCCGGACCGGCCACUCUCCUGCCCUGCAAGCUUACCGUCACUUCAUCGGGGCGGAGGAGGACGAUGGGUGCCCGACCUGCGACGGCGGAGUCAGGGAGGACGCGGAACACUUUCUGACGUCGUGCCCCGCGACGGCCCGCGUCCGUCACGACGUUUUCGGAAGAGAGGACCCGACGCUGCGGGAGGUCUUCGCUGACCCAUGCCGGGUUAUCGAGUUCCUGCGGCGCCUGGGCCGACUAUAG